ACGUGGUGCGGGUGGCGGCGGCGGCGGCGGCGGCGCGCGGGCAGGGGCAGCGCAGCGCCCGGCGAGCGAGCGGAGGCGGCGAGGUCGCGGCGGGCCGGCGGGCGCGGGGCGCGGGGAGGCGCGGCGGGGUCGGGCGCUCGGAGUGGGCGGAGAGCGCCGAGGGGCUCGGCCCGGCUGUGGGGCGGCUCGGCCCGGGAGCCCGCGCCCCGCGCAGCCCGGCAGCCCCGCGCCCUGAGCAUCUCCCGGGGAGCGGAGACAAAGGAGGAUUCAUGUCCAAAGGGCUCCCAGAGACCAGGACGGACGCAGCCAUGUCAGAGCUGGUGCCUGAGCCCAGGCCUAAGCCGGCAGUGCCCAUGAAACCCGUCAGCAUCAACUCCAACCUCCUGGGCUACAUAGGCAUCGACACCAUCAUCGAGCAGAUGCGCAAGAAGACCAUGAAGACCGGCUUUGACUUCAACAUCAUGGUUGUUGGCCAGAGUGGGCUGGGCAAGUCAACGCUGGUCAACACGCUCUUCAAGUGCCAGGUGAGCCGGAAGGCCUCCAGCUGGAACCGGGAGGAGAAGAUCCCCAAGACGGUGGAGAUCAAAGCUAUCGGGCAUGUGAUUGAGGAAGGUGGUGUCAAAAUGAAGCUGACGGUCAUUGACACUCCGGGCUUUGGAGACCAGAUCAACAAUGAGAACUGCUGGGAGCCCAUCGAGAAGUACAUCAACGAGCAGUAUGAGAAGUUCCUGAAGGAGGAGGUGAAUAUCGCCAGGAAGAAACGCAUCCCUGACACUCGAAUCCACUGCUGCCUCUACUUCAUCUCGCCCACAGGACACUCCUUGCGACCCCUGGACCUCGAGUUCAUGAAACACCUCAGCAAGGUGGUGAACAUCAUCCCGGUCAUCGCCAAGGCCGACACCAUGACGCCGGAGGAGAAGUCUGAAUUCAAGCAGAGGGUUCGCAAGGAGCUGGAAGUAAAUGGCAUCGAAUUUUACCCCCAAAAGGAAUUUGAUGAGGAUUUAGAGGACAAGACAGAGAAUGACAAAAUCAGGCAGGAGAGCAUGCCUUUCGCUGUGGUGGGAAGUGACAAGGAGUACCAGGUGAAUGGCAAGAGGGUCCUUGGCAGAAAAACUCCCUGGGGGAUCAUCGAAGUGGAAAACCUCAGCCACUGUGAGUUUGCCCUGCUUCGAGACUUCGUCAUCAGGACCCACCUCCAGGACCUCAAGGAAGUGACACACAACAUCCACUAUGAGACUUACAGGGCCAAGAGGCUCAAUGACAAUGGAGGCCUCCCUCCGGGAGAAGGCGUCCUGGGCACUGUGCUUCCACCUGUGCCAGCCACCCCCUGCCCCUCUGCUGAAUGAAGGCCCUUCCAAGCGCCGCCUCUCCCUCCAUUCUCUCAGCUGUUACUGCUGCAGACCAAGCCCCUUUUAGCGCUGUGCUGUCCCGCCCACCUCUGUCCCCGCCCCUCUCAGUCCGGUGGGAGGGGCCAGCUGCCUCUCUUGGACGGGUGUUUCCUCCUUUGGCCAAACCACCCCCCUCCUCCCAGUGGAGUGGAGUUCUUGCUCUCGCCCGCCUGCCUGCACUGCCCUGCUCCAUCGUCUCUGUCUGCUGGUCCCAGGUCAUCUGUAGGGAGAAUGAACUCACCCGGAGCUGCUUCUGCCUUUGCAAACCCAAACCAGCUACUUGUAACGGGCUCCCCUGGGGCGGGCAUAGGGACAGCAUGGCUGCUAUUCAUUCAUCUGCAUGAGCUACUCUUGGCUUCCUUAAAGGCAACUUAAAGUCAGCAACUUUCAUGUUUAUCAGCCUCGUUGAGAUCAGCUGUAUGCACCCCAUGUGGGAUGAGGGCUUGCCUUCAUUGCCUAUCAGGAUGGAUUACUCCAGCUGCUGGGGAGCAGGGGCUAACCCAGUGUGAGGGAACACACCCUCCUCACCACAUAGUGUGAACACUUAGAGUGGGGUUGCCCAAAGAGAGAUUGCUGAAGUUGACUUCCUUAUUUCGCAAACUAAAAAAAAAAAGGAGGAACUAGACCUAUGAAAUGGCAGAAAUUCACAAAAAUACAAAGAAAGAAAAAUAGCACCCACAUACAUUUAGCAGUAAGAGGAUCUUUAUCAUUUUCCUUACUACUAUAAUUUCCCUCCCCCUCCCCCACCUCCUCCGUUAGCCUGGCCACAGGUGGUCACUGUUGGCUAAUGGAAAAUACCCAUGGAGGGCAAAGCCCCCCCCCCCAUCAGAUGCAUGAAUGUUUGUGAAUGUUGGCUGCCACUGCCUACACUGUCUUUUUAGAACCCUUGCCCAAACUGCUCCCCCCUCCCCCACAACUCCACCUUGACACAACUUGCUUCAGAGGCUGGUGAACACAUGGUUCAUUUUGUCUACAACCAAGUCUUCAUGGAACAAGAGGCCCAAGCCUAGGGGAGGCAAGAACGACCCAUUUCUGAAAAUGACCAGUCCCCAGCCAAGCUUUUGGUGACAUUCUGGUGAAAUUCCCCAAUGGAAAACAAAGCAACAGAAACUUCAAACUGGCCAUGUAAAUGUUGCUAGACUUUAUGUGUUGUAUAACUAAAUAUUGCUGUUUGAACUAUA